CACCAAGGCACCAUGGCUCCGCACCGACCCUUGACCGUCCUGCGCCGACCUGUCGUCGCCGUCCUUGUUGCUGCCCUGGCCCUUGUGCUCUUCCCUCAGCACUCGGCUUAUUCUAAUGCCGUGGGCAUUAUAUGCCCUGUUCAACCCGCCCGACGAGUCGCGGGCUGCGGCGAAACGCUCGAAUUGAUCCUGAACGUCAACUCGGUCACGACACAUUCGAUUGAAAUUGCUUGGACAAUGUUCGCUCCCACUGGAACCAGCGAGUACCAGGUCUAUCGCGACGGCACCUUUAUUCAGUCUGUCAGUAUUGGCACAUUCUCGUACAAUGACACUGGCCUCGCGCUUGGAACAACCUACUCCUACGUCGUCCAGGCCUUCAAUGACGGCGGCCAACCGGUACGACGCGUCAUUGCCGUCGGAGGCUCCAUGUCCAGCAACUCGGUCACCCAGCAGACGGCCUACAACCCGGCCUUGAACAGUUCCAGCCUCGCGUUGUCCCCUUCCAGCUCCUGGUCGAUUUCCAUGAGCUGGUCGUCGAUCGUCGUUGAUUCGGGUGAUACGUUCAGCCUCACUCCUGACAUGACCUACACGGUCGCGUACGCCCCGUCCACCAAUCCGGCCCAGCUCCUGGCCUUCAGUCUGAAGAACGAAUCCUGCGUGCUGACCAACCUGCAGCCCGCGACCGCUUAUCAGGUGGUUCUCACUGUCGCUAACGGGCUUGGCGGCACAACCACGCUGAGCAGCACUGCGAUGACCAUGGAUGAGGUUGCGCUCAGCGCACCCCUUCGCGUCGGCUCCAACACGCCUACCUUCUCUAUGCUUGAGCAAACGAGGGUGCUUGUCUCGUGGGGCAACGUGUUUGCACCUCAGCAGCCAAACUCCUUCCCAGUCACCUACGUGCUCACGCGCACGUCUGGCGCCACCACUGCGCAAAUGACGUUGAAUGCCACGACUGAUUCUGCUUUCUACGCCACCGGGCUGAGUUUGUACACGUCCUACACCUUCUCUGUGACUGCCACCCAGAACGGCUUGACUUCGGUCAGCGCCAGCGCCGUCGUCAUGACUCCCGCUGGCACUCCCGUUCUCGCUGGAGCCACGAGUUCCACGCGUUACGUGAAGGGUGUUCUGUUCACUUGGCCCAAUCCUGGUGUCACUCCGAACGGACCCACGGUCUCGCCAGCCACCAUGCAGGUUUCGACCAACUUUGGCACGUCCUGGACCAACGUGACCACCAAUGCACUCAACCUGACCACAACCACUUACACGACGCUCUCCUGCAUGCGCCGCUAUGUCAACGCUGCCAACUUUGUCUCCCUUGCCCAAACAGUCUCGGCUUAUCCCUAUUCGUGGGAGCCCACCUUUGACAGCUUGUUUUGGAGCUCCCUUGCCUCGCGCGGCUCCACUUGGUUGAACUUUACUUGGUCUGCGGCGACCCCCAACGGACCUGGCCCUGUCAAAUACCGGGUUGUUCAGCUGCCGUCGACCACUGUUGUUGAUUAUACGUCGCCGCUCAGCUCGACGUGGUACAAUGUCACUGGUCUGACUCCUUACACGAGCUACACGUUCACUGUGACUGCGCGCAACCAAAAUAGCAACGAGUCAGCUGUCCAAACCACCGCCGCGCUCACCACUCUUCCCGAUGUCCCCGUUUGGAUUGGCGCGCCAACAACCGCUCCGACCGCGACUGCUCAGUCGCUUAGUUUCGCGUGGAGUGGCUUGCUGAACUGGCGAGGGCCACCCGGCUCCUACAAUUGGGUCAUUUCCCCAGCUCCCUUUUACGGCAGUAGUACUGGCUCGACCUUGCAGCCCUCCUUGACUGUGCCGUACCUGGAACCUUACACCCAGUACACUCUCACGUUGAACGCAACUCAAAGUGCCGUGUCGGGCAGACGCGCCACUGCUGCCCCCUUCACGUCCAUCCCCUACAUUUUCCAAGCAACGACCUUGGCCGGUGAGCCGGGCUGGGACGCCAACGGCAUCCUGGUUUCGGCUGGAUCAACCGUCAUUUCCACUCGGUACGUUGCUGUGACGCUGACGUGGACGAACGCGGUCGAGGCUGGCACACCGCUCUUCACGUGCAAUUUGACCGCGACGCCCGCGUACAACAUGUCGACCAUCCCCAUUCUUUCCGACUCGACCGUCACAACCGCCACAAUGCUCUUCCACAUGAACACCACAGUCACCUUCACCUUGUCCGUCACCAACCAAGUCGGCAAAUCGGCAACCACUGUCGUGCUUUUCUUCACCCCCGACUUGAGCGGCUCAUUGUCGCUGAGCAAAAAACACGCGGCCACUUCAGCGUCACUGAGGGAACAGACGAACACGUUUGCAUCCUCUGCCAGCAGCAAGUCCUCGGCUGUUGCCACCUCCACGCACGCGACGGGCAGGCCUGGCGUGGGCACGUCUCCUUCGACUGGUUCUGGCGGGAUUCCGCUGGCUGCCAUUGCUGGCGCCAUUGCCGGUAUUGUUGUGCUGGCGAUUGUGAUUGCCAUUCUGGUGGUGCGUCGCCGCCGCAGGCGACAGCCCAACGCUCGUCGUGGCCAGGCGAAGGGAUCGGUCGCCGAGUUGUUGCCCAUGCAUGACUCGGCAUUGGUGGCCAUCCGUGCACCCGCCGCGGGCGCGCGCAAAGAGCCCACCAGUACCACCGCCCAGCAGCAGGCGCACGACCACGAUCACUACCAUGUCUACGCUCAGAACAACGACAGCCACCACAACGAAGAAGUGUAUGCUGCUCCCGGCCCUUCGACCAACUCCAACCGUCCGCGCGAGUCCGUCGUGUACGAAGGCACUGGAUCCGUCUACUAUAGCCAGGCGGACAAGGCCGGCAACAAAACCUCGCGCAACAACCCACGCGAUUCCUCAGUGUACACAACGACCAGCCCCGAGUACGCCCAAAUGGAUGGAAGCAGCACCAUGUACGAGACGGCCAAUCCGAUUUACAGCUCUGCCGAUUUGCUCCCCGGUGCGAGACCUGCCAUCUCGACCGCGGCUUACAAGCAAACCUCUGGCGCUCGCCACCGAGACUCGAACAUUUACGCGACCACGUCCACCCCCGCCCUUUCCGGCCCUGAUGGCGGCGCAGAUGAAGAGUACCGCGAAAUCGAAGGCACUCGAGGCGAAUACUACUACGGCAACGCCAAUGCUCGAAUCUACGGCACGGCCUCGACCACGGCCAAGACCAUUCGAGGUGCUCUCAAGCUCGGACGGACGCUCGGCUCUGGCGCAUUUGGCAUGGUUCAUCUUGGCACACUGGCGGCCAGUGGCCUGCCCAGGGACAGCGAGCAUCUCAUUCCUGCUGGCCAAACGAGCCUCCAAGUGGCCGUCAAGCUGCUGCAGGAGGACGCAGACGAAAAAUCGCGUCGCGAUUUUGAUUCCGAGGCUGCCAUGAUGAGCCAGUUCUCGCAUCCCAACAUUGUGCUCGCGAUUGCCGCUCUUGUCGAAGAAACGCCCCACAUGCUCUUGCUCGAGUUUUUGCCGUACGGCGACCUGCGAGAGCUCAUGAUCAAGUCCAAGUCGGCGCUGAUUGCCUGGAAGCUGCCCGAGUUUUCGCACGUGCUUGCUCAAAUUGCCUCCGGCAUGGUCUACCUCGAGUCUGUUCGCUUUGUGCACCGCGAUCUGGCGGCACGCAACUGCCUCGUUGGUCCUGACCUGACUGUCAAGAUUUCUGAUUUCGGGCUCUCGCGUGUGCUGGAGGAGGAUUCCGACUACUACCGCGUCCAAACGAAAGGCCGUCUGCCCGUCAAGUGGAUGUCGAUCGAAUCGCUGGUCUUCCGCACAUUUACAACUCAGUCCGACGUGUGGGCCUUUGGCAUUGUUGCUUGGGAGGUCUUCUCAUACGGCAACACGCCCUAUCCUCAAAUCGCACCCAUCGACAUGGCUGUGCACCUCGAGAACGGCGGUCGUCUUGGUUGCCCCGACAGCUGCCCGCCAGAUCUCUUCCAAACCGUCGCUCAAUGCUGGGACUUUGACCCUGCCAACCGUCCUCGGUUCCAAGACCUGGCCGACACUUUUGCGGCUCUUGUUGGCAGUGAUGUGCGCGACAUUGGUGCACGCCUUGCUCAGAAGUAGUCGUCCGUGUUUUUUUUUUUUUCUGUUUUGCUUUGUUUGUUUGUUUGCGUGUCCCCCCCCCCGUCUCCAUUUUAGCUGUU